CCGCUGCCUCAGAGGGGUCGAUCCCUCCGCCAGCCUCUUUCUUCCAGCCUGUGAGAAGGGAGAAAGUUCCUUGGAUAAAGAGCUUGCGGGGGCAGGUUUUAUUUUGGGCAUCAAGUCUGCCUCUCUCUCUCUCCCCCCCCCCGCUCUCCCUCCCUGGCUUGGAAAGGAAGAGCCCAAGCAAGGAUGCGCCGACAGGGUUUGAAACCCGCGGAGCGGAGCGCGGCAAGCUGCAGCCUUUAAACCUCCGGCGCUGUUUCACCAGAUGCUCAGCUCCUUCCCAAAGGACCAGCUAUCAGUUGAGCCAUGGGUUUUGGCUUGCAAACCAUAGCAGCUGAAAUCAGUUGUGAUCAGAUCACCAAGGAGAAGCACGAAGGACAGACUUCAUGAACUUUUGGGGUCAAAAUGCUGAUAACGGUGACGCCACCCUAUGAACCUAUCACUCUCCAAUCGCAGGCUCCACCUCCACCUAUUCUACCAAAACCUGGAACUGACAACCUUAGGCUACAGAAGCUUCUGAAAAAAGCAGCAAAGAAGAAGGCCACCUUAUCAGCACAAUCAACCACAUCAUUCCGGUCUAAUCUGUCUCCUGUAAGUGAAGCUAGUCCAGACUUGGAGCACAAUGAACGCACUUCCCCACUCAAGCCAACAGAAACUGAAGUCCGCCUCACUAUCAAACUUCCACCUCGUUUUUCAGUCAAGCCCAUCAUCCAUCAUGUUCCUUCUCCUUUUCCUAAAGCAAGACCCUUCACGUUCACAGUUACAGAACAGAGGAGUCUUUCAGAGCAUCUUAAACUAACAGUCUCACCUGCCAUAUCUCCGCAUUACAGACCGACAACUCCCGAGUCACCAAGGCAAUCCACAGAGUUCCCUUCAGGUCCCCCUACUCGCUUGUCCCCUGCCUUUGUUUCUCAUGAACAUCCCAUUUCCUACACUCCUCAAGUGGAGACUCCAGUCAUGGUCACUCAUGUGGCUGAAACGCAUUCCUCUUUUCAUAGUGUGCAAGCACCAAGGGUUAAGUCUCCACUAAUAGGGCAGCCAGAGGAAUAUUCAAGUCGCGUUCAUUUGCAAACCAACUAUGCAGCCUCACUAUCAAGCCAGACAUAUGGCACAUCUUUUGUACAGCAUCCCAGGUCACUUACACCCAAGUUAGAUGUUUCUGCACCCCCUGAACCACCCGCCAGGAAAAUGAAAGCUGAAAUACUCCAUAUCCCUAGGCAGUAUACCGUGGUUACAUCCCCAACUCAUCAGCUGGACAGGCCUCUAACCCCAAGAAACAGCAAAAGCCCUGAACCACACACUGAAGUCCAGAGACAGUCAGGCUCCAACACAUCACAGUAUAUGGGGCCAGAAACAAUCCUUCCUGCACCGUCCACUGUCAGUAUGAAGGAGCUCUUGCCAGAAAAGAUAAACCAGCAGGCUGUAUCACCACCACCACUAUCUGUCUCCCAAAGUCCUGCCAGCUCAUCCCCCAAAUCAAAGCCAACAGUGCCCCCCAAAAGCAAACUUAGUGGCUGGUCUCGUCUGAAAAAACACUUGGUAGUGGAACCUGAUGUUCCUCAGUUCCCUGUCUCAGAAUCUGAACCAGAGGAAGGGAGAGAAAAGGCAAUAACUGAAAUCUCGGAAGCGGAUCCAAGUCAGGAGAAAAAAGGAACCAAAUCAAAAGCCAUCAAGAUGUGGGAUGCCAUCUUGUACCAGAUGACCAUCAGCAAGGAAAAAAGGCCACAAGCUGAGGAAGAAAAGGAAAUAAGAAAAGAGGGGAUGUUUUCAUUCCGGCGACGCUUACCCCUGCUUCUUCACAGGCCACGCUUUGAUGCCCGGAAACUUAAAGAGCUGGCUUCUAAACCCAUGACAAAGAUCACUACUCUGUUUGAUGUGCGUCGUAUCCAACGCCAACCCCCUGAAGAAACGCAGACGGGUUUUAAUAGGAUGGCAUCUGGGUGGCAGAUGAAGGAAAGAGAAGAAUAGAUGAUUCCUUGAGAAGAUGAUCAGUGGGCUGAGAGAAUAUGAAAUAAAUCCAGAUUUUACUAAAACAGCACUUGAGAGGAGGGGGGGAAAUAAAAUAAAAUCCUUCAUGCAGGGUUACUGUCUAUAAUACCAAAAAAUGAAUACGCCUGUUUUACUCAGUUUUAACAUGGGGCUUGAGAGAGAGAGAGUCUUGUGGGUUUUUUUUCAGAAUAACAGCCUAUAUAGAAGAAAGAAGUUAAAGCAAAUAAAUAUAGGAUGGGAAAGAAAUGUAUUGGCUUGCUCCACCAAGCCUACCUUUUAUUCUAAAAUAAUGCCAAAGUUCUUGGCUUUUCUUCCAUAUUCAGUCAAAAGCAUUUUGAAUAAAGCCAAACAAUCAUCCCAUAUCAUGGUACACACAUGUUCAGACAUGUUCUCUCUCCCCAUCCCACUUUGAGGUCAAAUGCUGUCCAGAGGUUUAGGCCUUUUGGUUAGAGGACAAGAUGACUGGGAUUAUAGUAGGAGCAAUGGUGGUUUUCACAAGCUACUUUCAUGUUUCUGGCAGGAAAAAAUGAAUGUUUCUCAUACACCGUCUAAAUCUAAAUUGUAAUACUAACAAUGCACACAAAAUUGCAGUUUGAAAUCAACAGUUAUACAAGAACAAGGUUCGAGAUGGCUUCAGAUCCUAAAGAUAUGACAUUGAAAAGAUUAAAAGAUUAAGCUUAGCUCAUAUGAGCAUAGAAAGUUGUCUUGCAGGCCUCUGUAGAGACAAAAUUUUAGUUUCUCCAUCAAAAGAAUCCUGCUCUUUAGUAUCUCAUAGAUGCACCUUCCUAGAGUAGAGCCUAUGCCAGAUGAAUAGGCCCUUUAACAAAGAUGUUUUCCUUAAGGUGCUCUGGUAGCCGUACCAUUUGCAGCAUCACAAAAUAAACACUGAAUUAAGAAAAAGGGCAAGCAAUAUUGAUUGCACAAGAGUCAGGAUAAUAUUUUUUUCACGGGCCCACCUCAACAGAAACCCAAGUUGUGGAAUCUGGACAAUUCUGUGCUUCUCUUAACUGCAAUGAAAUCAAGUUAACCAUUUGCAAAAUAUAGCAUGACCAUGUCAAGGCUAUUUUCCCCUAGGAAGCAGCUGCAGACCAGUUUUACAUAUCAAAAACAGUGAAAAUCCUGUGCAAAUAUCAAUUUACCCCACUGAACCUAGCUUUUAAAUGAUGUCAGGCAAUUGCCAAUACUUGAGCAAUCAGCUCCAGAAAAUUGACAAAAAAAAAAAAAAUCCCUAACUCAUGGAGGGAAGCUGAAAAGAACUUAUCAUUAUCACCACCAUCACUAGCCAUGGAUUCAUAAAAGAGUAAUGCUUUUAUGCUAAGCCAUCUAGAAUGUUUUCCACUGAGAUACUGUAAGAACGCAGAAGAGUCAAACAUUCAUAUCAUUGUUUCAUGGAAAGAUAUUACAAACAUGCUAUUGCUAAAUUGGCAUUUUAAUAUCCCCAAUGCUAACUAACUGUAAAACAGGAAGUAGCCAAUGGCUACUGAUGUAGGAGAGCAAUAGCCAUGGACUUAGUAUUUUAUAUCCCCACUUGGCAGUUUGGGGAUUAAUGGCAUAGAUCUUCGGCCAUUUCACUAUCUUUUUCCCAUUGGUAGUUGCAAAACAUGACUAUCUGCUAUCAGCAGCAAAAUUGGGAAGAUUUAGGGAAAACCCUACCUGCCAAAAUCCAGAUAAGGUCUUGACUAUCAAACUAGACUCAAGGUGAAUUUAGGAAUCCUUGACACGAUCCCCUCAUAGAGCCAAGUUGUGUAUGCAUAUGCUUCACAGUGAUUUCUAACACCAGCAUAAAGAUGUUCCAGCUAUUGUUUUCUCCAUGUAUCAUCAGCUAAUCUCACAUUUCUGUUUCUCUACACAAUCACAAAUUGAGAAUGGAUGGCUUGAAGUGAGAAAUGGGAGCUGGUUAAAAUAGCAUCUGCCUGAGAAACUGUACAAUUAUCUCUUUAUGUCUGCUUGUUUAACCACCCCAAUGAAUGCUCAACCAUCCCAUUCCACAGUGUUGUGGAUAAGUAGAGUGAAUAAGGAGGAAUGCCACUCAAUCCUUCCAAGCUGUGAAAAAGGUACACAUCCUUCAUGUUCAGUUUGGCUAGAACAGCGGUCACCAACCAGUGUGGUCUGCGGACCACUGGUGGUCUGCGAGAAAAUUUUGGUGGUCCGCAGAAAAAUUAUUUGCAUUUUUUAUAUUGCACAACUAUGUAAAAUUAUGAAUUUAGUGGUCCCUGAGGUCCAAAAGGUUGGUGACCCCUGAGCUAGAAAGAGUAUUAAUAUGAGUUGAGUUUCAUUGUAUAUAGUUGUAUGCCCAGUUUUUACUCCAGCAUUGAUGCUUUGAAAAGUGUGAUGUGGAUAGCAGAUUUUAGGCUAUUAUAGUUGUUUGGCAAGUCCCCUGUUUUAUAUCAUAGAACAGAGGACUACUAUCACCUCAUGAUCUGGGUUGUUGUUUUUUUUCAGAAGAAUUGCCAGAAGAAUGACAGCAAAUAUACUAUUCCAAAAAUGCCAUCACAGAAAGGAUAGAAGGGAAUCCCUGAGUUCUUUUUGGCUAUUCCAGUAUUUACACUUUCAUCAUAUGACAUGCAGUAGUAGAUCAUAGUUUUUUAUCAGAUCAUUGGAAAACAGAUUUUUCUGUCAGCUGCCUGUUGCUUCAAGAAAUCUCAAAUGGGCAUGUAAGAUAUGGAGCACAGUCUCCUUUAGUGCGAAUAUAUGGAACACCAGAACUUCCUAGCCACUUUCCUACAUAUCUUUAGCAGUACCUCAGCGCUAAGAAUCUAAAUGUUGAAUUUUGCAGCAGGCAGGAAAACUGGUUUCCUACCAACCACUUGCCAAACUGAGUCAACUGAUAUGUUUGCGUUCACUUUUAAUUGGUGUGUUCUACUCAUUAUUUAUAUUAACAGUGUCUUAAAGUUUGUGUAUAGGUAAGAAUCUAAGGGUAUCCCAUGCUGUAUUGCAUAAAGGUCAGGCAAGUAAAGCAAAGUAAUGUUAAAAUCUUCUGUCCUAACUUUAAGGGCAAUAUAGUAGAAGACAAAGAUGUCCUGGACUGAUUAAACUGCCUUAUUCUUUUAAAUAGUUAUAAAAGCCAAGUUCAGUUUCAGACAUCUUCAAAUAUGUUUUUUUAGCUAAAAUUAGUUGGGUUGAGAGAGAAGUAUAAGUAAAGAAAGGAUACAUGAACCACACUAAGGUUUCAAAUGUCUAGUAGAGUAAGUGCCAUGUUUUGAGAUGAUAAUAUAAGACAAGGAAAGUAUGUUGAGCAAUGAGGAAAUAGAAAUGUUUGGUUCCUAAGAGAAAUAGAUAUACGGUAAGAAAAGGAACAGUGAUGUGAUGGAAGCAAAAGAUGCUCUAAGCUUUUUCUGAACUUAUCAUAAGUAAGUGCUAGGAUGGUUGUCGUUACACCAACAUUGAAAGAAUUCUUUUCACAGCUAUAGACCCACAUGUUUUAAAGGCAGUUCAUAUGAAAUCCUGACUCGAAAACAAUUUUUAUAAACAUUGAAUAUGUAGAUUGAAUAAAGUGUUUCUAUGAAAAAAA